UCUUGCCUCGAUGUCUGUGUGGUGUGCGUCGCCGGCUUGGUUUCCCUUGGACUAACGGGAAAGUGGUCACUCGGUCCGUGACCAACCACCUGCUACUUCUCAGUAUCGCAUGACUACACCUUCCGUUUAAUAUACCACAACUUAGGCACGGGGAUGCGACUUUUCUGCAGUCAGGAGCAACUGCCCGUCCGGUAAAGCAGUCCUUGAACCCAGUGUGUUGUUUAUCGCUGAAGGCUGAAUGUCGCUACCCCUCCGUUACUUCCAUAUGAAACUGCACUGAAGGAGACAAAUGAUACGACCGGAACUCGGCCUGUGUGUUUCGUCACUACCCUGUACCAAAUUCGGAGAAUAUCAAUGCGGAGUGGGUUCUGCAUUACAAUUGCCGAUAGCAGCUCGUCCGCCGCAGACACCAAGGCGUGUUCAUCGCCUGAUGCAAUUUGCGUCUUACUUCGGAAAGCGGUGGGGACUACGCUAUGUUGACAGGUGACUCCGUCACGACAUGAUAUUGGCACCGGUCGCACUAACCUCAGAGACCGCCCUGGACGUGAAGCGCCUGCCUGUCGCCACUACCCAUGCAUGCCAGAUAUUCCAGUCCAAUAAGAUUAUUGAUUUCGUUUCACACUCGCUGAAUCUUUCUUCUGCACAGCACUCGAGGUAUCAGUCUGUAUCCGCGAGCUGACUCGGCGACAAGAUGAGCUCAACUGCACCACCGGAGCGAAAUUCGCAAUCUACCAAUGGAAAUUCGAACACCACAGAUGCUGCGAAAGAUGUUACAGCGACAAAAAAGUCCUACGCAAAUAAUGCCUGGCUACAGACCGCGCCAGCUAGACAAGUUCGCAUGCUGUGCGAGUAUUUAGAGGCCCGAGAUAGGUUGAGACAGCAGCGAAUUCUGGCCACCUUCCUUGUAUUCGGCACAGCUCGUUCUCUUACGCAUGAUCAGUGGAACAGCCGCAUGAAUGAGGCGACGGCCCGCCUCAGGUUGUUAAAGAACGGCAAAAACGAAUCCGAGGGGGCUUCCGUGAACGAUCCAGAGGCGGUUCUGGCCGUGGAACGGGAGAUUGGAGAUCUUCGUCGUCUCGAAUGGCUUUGUUUCUUUUCCGAAAAGGUCACCAAACUAACGCGCAGACUGGCAGAGUGGCUGAUGACCGCCGAGGCAAGGGCUGCUGGUAAAAGGAUCCUUCAAAAGUUUCCGACACCCUUAGACAAUGAUGACUACUGGGGCCCCGACCAAGGGUCACUGAGUCAGGAACUUGUAUACUGCCCCGUAGCCAUUUGCACCGGUGGUGGUCCAGGGUUGAUGGAAGCAGCGAACAGGGGAGCGUCUGAGGUCCCGGGGGCUCGGACAAUUGGCAUGGGAAUCACUCUACCGUUUGAGGGUGGAUUGAAUCGAUACAUAACGAAGGACCUCGGCUUUGAGUUUCAGUAUCUCUUUGCGCGGAAGUUCUGGAUGAUCAACACUGCUCUCGGGGUCAUCGCUGCGCCUGGAGGAUUUGGAACGCUAGACGAAUUGAUGGAGGUGCUGGCGCUGAAACAGUCGAACAAACUGAAACGAGAUAUGCCUAUUGUCCUACUUGGCAAAACGUACUGGACGAGCAUCAUCAGCUUCGACAAAAUGGUGGAAUUUGGAACAAUCAGCCAGUCGGACUGUGACAAACUAUUCAUCACAGACGACGAGGAUGAGGCUUUCGAGUAUCUUAGAAGCUUCCUCUUGAAAGACAGUGCAGUGACUGGAGAAGGCUACAUCCACAAGUCUCUGGCGAAAAGACAGCGAGAGUAAACCGAGCCAAGGAAAAUGUUCAAGCCAAGCAUCCCGAUUCGAACGCUCACAUACAAAGGGAAGUACCACAUUGAGUGGAAUGUGCCAUCUCUGCUGUAUAACUUCGCACGUAUGCCGCAUGAACCAUUCGUCGUGCAUUUUGCCAGUGUCAAGCGUCUACUCAUUUUGAAAGGGAACAGCGUUCCAAUGCUGCAUGCCACUCACUAUUUACUCAACUCCAAACGCUCGAGAGUUUCACCGCACCAUGAUACAUAAUGUUUUGCCACAGAAGAGCUUUGAAUUAUAGACAUGCGCUACUGCCC